GCACACAGAAGCUCCUCCGUACAACCGCAGAGGAGGAGGAGGAUAGAACUGCUGUCGCCUUACAACACACUCACACACACUCCCGUUGGGUGUGUAUACUGCAUGUAGGCGCGUGAGAAAACGCUGUGUUUUAGUUCACGGUCUUCACACCGCAGAGGACUGAGAGGAGAAAAAGCAAAGGGCGGAGAGUGCAUGUGGCUUUGUUGAAGCAGUCCUAGUGCACGGGGAACCUGCUUCGUUAAGGCGGUAUAGCCCAUUCACCCGCAGCCACAGCGCGACCAUUUGUGUCACCGUUCUGCAUCCUGACAGAGGAAAAACGGCGCCGUGUUUCUGUCACAAGCUUCAUCUCCAUUCAUCGGAGCACUCGUCUGAUAUUUGGAACUAUGCUUGAACAUGGCAUGCCUUGGGUUUAUAUGCAGUGAGUGAAAAUUGCCCGCCUCUCCUACACGACCUGCACGACUGCAGAGGACAAGACAGGGAGGGAGCAACUGGCCCUCAGCACAAUUCUGUGUGCUCCUGACUCGUGGAUCUCUUUCAGGCACAGUGCGCGGUUCGAGACUUUAUUCUUCGGCAAGCAAAUUCACUGAUGGCUACGUUUUCUUGACCCAAUUGCUACAGGGAGUGUGGAGCAGCGUUUUGUCUUUUUUUGUUUCACUGUAACUGAGCUACAAUGUAAACGCGCGCGGUUUUAUUCUCGCUGCCCGUAUUUGCUGAAUUUAUUAUCAGUCAGGAUCGACGCAGGGCUCUUAUACGUGCUACCUUCAUCAAAAUGCCGGCCGGAAUGAAGCCUCUAGAGAAGUUCCUUAAGAAACAGACGAACGCGCUUACUCGGGCCGGUGGUUUCGGAGGAGAGAAGGCGGCUGCGGGCACGAGCGCGGCUCGGCGGCGCGCCAGCCUCUCGCGCGUCGUGCCCUUCUUCCGAGAGAGCUCGCCCGAGGGCGGUCCAGCGCGCGGCGACGUCUUCAGCCCCGAGACCGAGGAGGCACCGUGCUGGCCGUCGGCCGCCGCUACUGACAUCCGGAGCCCGUCUCUGUCCAGCGACGAGCAGAGCUCCGAGGCUAGCCUGGACACGGGAUGGACCCCGCUUCCCGCCGACACACCGGAGAACCUGGCGCUCGCGCUGCUGGACAGCGUGGCGGGCAAGCGUUACGGCAACUGCACAGAGAUACUCCUGGACGACUUCAUGUUGACACACCCUAUCUUCCUGGCAUCUGACAAGUUGCAGCAGGUCCUGCUUCAGCAAUUUGGAGCUGAACCCAAGCAGGGCGAGGGCUGGCCCACCUGGGAUGGAGCGGAGAGGAAGCAGGCUGUGUUGAGUGUGGCCUUCCGCUACCUGGACACAUACAGGGAACUGCUACAGGAGGAGGGGGACAGAUCCAACAGCUUCCCCAAGGACCUGUACCUUUGCGCCGUGCAAGAGCUCAGUCGCUUUCCCGAGCUGGUGGAAGAUGUUCUAAAGCUCCAGCGCUGGUCUGAAAUCCUACACAACCCGGCAGAGGAGGACAAGGAGAGUCGGAAGAAGCAGGUGCGUCCGCUCUUUCGCCACUUCAGACGCAUAGACGCCUGCCUGCAGCCGCGAGAGGCUUUCCGUGGCUCAGACGAAAUUUUCUGCAGGGUGUACACACCCGACCACUCGUACGUGACCAUCCGCAGCCGUCUGUCCUGCCGUGUUGGAGAGAUUUUGGCUCUGGUGAGAGAAAAGCUCCAGUAUAGUGAGGAGCAACCGACCCAACCAGGCAACCUCAUACUGGUGGCUGUCACCUCAUCUGGAGAGAAGGCCGUGUUCCGUCCCAGUGACGAGGCUGUCUUCACCACUCUGGGCGUCAACACGCACCUGUUUGCUUGUGAACCCUCUGAGCUCGAGAGCCUGAUGCCCCUGCCUGAGGAGAUCCACUGGUCCCCGGGUGACAGUAAACUUCAUGACAUGAGUGCAGAGGAAGUGGCCAACCAGCUGGUGGUGUUUGACUGGGAGCUCUUCAGCUGUGUCCAUGAGGUGGAGUUUGUGUGUUAUGUGUUCCAUGGAGAGGAGGCUCGAUGGCGCCCCCUCAACCUUGAACUGGUACUGCAGCGGUGCAGCGAGGUGCAACACUGGGUGGCUACAGAGAUCCUGCAGUGCCAGUCACUGCCUAAGAGGGUGCAGCUGUUGCGCAAGUUCAUCAAGAUUGCAGCUCUGUGUAAGCAGCAGCAGGACCUGCUGUCGUUCCUCGCUGUAGUUUUGGGGCUGGACAACCCUGCAGUUAGCCGUCUGCGCCUUACCUGGGAGGGCUUGCCUGGAAAGUUCAGGAAGCAGUUCCAGCAGUUUGAGAGCAUUGCGGAUCCCUCCAGGAACCACAAGUCAUACAGGGACCUGUUAGCCAGUCUGAGGGCUCCUCUCAUCCCCUUCACCCCACUUCUGCUCAAAGAUCUGACUUUCCUUCAUGAGAGCUGUAAGACCUUCCAUGGGGAAUUGGUUAAUUUUGAGAAGAUGCACAAAGUUGCAGAAAUGGUGAGGAGCAUCAGGCGGUACAGGAGUACUCAGCUAGUGAUGGAUGCCGAGCCGUCUCCUUCACACCUUCAGACGAAGGCGUACGUGCGUCAGUUGCAGGUCAUCGACAAUCAGAACCUGCUGUUCGAAAUGUCCUGCAAGCUCGAGCCCAAAGAUAUGUAACAGGGCUAAUCAUCUCCCAUCCUGCCAUUCAGACUCCUCAUACCCCUCCUCAUAACAAACCUUUCUGCUUCUCCAUCACAGCUGGACUGCUGGAAGAGUAGUGAGAUCUGUCAGGAUUUACAGCAGGAACUCCUGCUUGUCGAGUCUGGAGUUUGGGACAGAGUUACAUGUUAUACAGAACGCUUAUUCACACAUACCAUGUCUGCAACAUUUCAGUGUUUUUGUUUUCCGCCACUCAGUUCCUCCAGUUUUCUCCGAUUUUCUUCAAUUGUUUUUGUUUUUUUUUCUUUGCUUUUCACUAUUUUUUUGUGAGAUUUGUCCAGUUUGCACUGCCAUCAGUGGAGCUGAAACAAAUGUGAUGGGAUCACACUACAUUUCCUCUGGAUCUUUAUGGACUUGACUUCACCUCUUUUACCUCACACACACAAACCCCACCCCCACCCCCCAAAAA